AUGAUAUUCCGUUUAGAAUGUCGAGUGUCGGAUGUAGAGACGGCAACCCAGCACGGUCGUUGGUUAGUUUUCGCGUUAGUUUAUUGGCUGGUCAGCUCACGGGCUCGCUUGUGUGUGUGCCUCAACCGGAAUGAAAACGUUGCGAUGCGCACUGCGUCACGUCCGGCGUCAAUACAGGCAUUUGGAAAUAAUUUUGAAAAUAUGACUGAAGAUAAAGAUGGUUUUGUAAUUGUCGGAGUAAUGACAACCCAGAAAUAUUUGAAGACAAGAGCCAAGGCUGUUUGGGAGACUUGGGGCAGAGAAAUACCCGGGAAGAUCAUAUUCUUCUCCUCGGAAGAGUCGAAAGUCCCCGAUAAUUGCCCGGACUUGCCGUUGGUGGCACUCCCGAAGGUAGACGACAGCUACCCACCUCAGAAGAAAUCUUUUUUGAUGCUUAAAUAUAUGUGGGAGAAUUACGGAAGCAAGUUCGAGUGGUUCAUCAGGGCAGAUGAUGACGUCUACAUCAGGACAGACAGACUGAAGAAAUUACUCAUGUCCGUGGACUCUGGCAAGCCGAUGUACAUUGGCCAGGCCGGGAGAGGAAAUUCGAAAGAAAUCGGAAAGCUGGGGCUCAAUUAUGACGAGAACUACUGCAUGGGGGGUCCCGGGGUUAUUAUGACUAAAGAGACGAUGAAGAAAAUUGUUCCUCAUGUUAAGGACUGUCUUGGGAAUCUUUAUACCACGCAUGAGGAUGUCGAGCUGGGGCGCUGUGUUAAGAAAUACGCGGGGAUUCCCUGCACUUGGAGUUAUGAGAUGCGGUCGAUACUUUAUCACAAUAGUAGCGGAGAUCAAUCAUUCACUGGGAACCUAAAGAAACGUGAAGUACACCAAGCUAUUACGCUCCAUCCAAUCAAAAGUCCUCCGUACAUGUACCGGCUGCAUAAUUACAUGCGGGCUCUGAAAAUUCAAGACUUGCAGCACGAGAGGAUUAAAUUGCACCGUGAUAUUUAUUCUAUGGCUGAAUUGCUUAGAGAAAAUGUUAGAGAAUUUAUCAGAAAGCCGAUUGCGGAAAAUGUUGAAUUGUUUCCAAACUCGGAUAGAGAAAAUUAUUUUGGAGAUACGCUGAUGCUUGAGUACAGUUUGACCGGCUUAAAUCCGCGCCGGAGAAUCCACAGCGACGUAAAAGAGGGCUUGGAGGACAUAACGCGAGAAGUUAUGGCUUCAAUCAACUCAUGCUCGCGACAGCGCGGUCGAGUAGUAGAAGAACAGUCCAUGUUAUACGGAUACAGACGUGUGGAUGCCUACGGGGCUGACACUAUUCUCGACCUUCUGCUGGUCUAUCGAAAGUAUCGAGGGCGAGAGGUUACACUUUCCGUUAGAAGACACGUUUACGUUCACCAGCACUUUACCGGAAUCGAAGCGAGGGAAGUAAUCGAGGACCAAGAGGACGGAGAUCAGACCCGACAAAGAAAUUUCCCUAAUUUCUACUCGACCUUUCUGUUCAAUUUUCCCCCGAGCAAGCCAGAGGAAGACCCGGUCGAAGACAAGACCGUUCACCUGGUGGUGCCUCUGUCCGGAAGAUUUAAAACCUUCAAGAGGUUCAUAAAAAAUUACGAGCAAGUUUGUUUGUCGACAAACGCCAAGACUGAACUAUUAAUUGUACUGUACCCGCACAAGCUCGAGGAUUCGGUCGACAGUACAUUCAAUUUGGUAGAUAGUAUUAAAUUAAAAUAUGAAAAUGCAAAGAUUAAAAUUUUAUUAGAUAAGGAUAAUUUAUUUUCACGCGCUAAAGCGCUAGAUCUAGCGAUUAAACAUUUAAACAACGAGGACCUGGUACUUUUUAUCGAUGUGGACCUCGUGUUUACUCACGAAGCGCUCCAACGGGUCAGAUUGAACACGGUUAUUAAUAAAAAAAUGUACUUCCCGAUUAUGUUUAGCCAGUACGACCCUUAUUACGUUUAUUAUUUUGAGAAAUCAAAUCGUGACAAGAAAAAAAAUCAGUUUGGAGAUCUUGCCAAUUUGAGCGAACCCAUGGGAUACUGGAGGCUUUUUAGCUUCGGAAUUGUUUCUCUGUAUAAGAGGGACUAUCUGAAGAUCGGCGGGUUCAAUUUGUCGAUCGAGGGAUGGGGCAUAGAAGACCUUGAUUUUUAUGAUAAAUCCGUCAGGUCUUACAUUACUGUUUUUCGCGCUCCAGACGUUAAUUUUGUUCACGUGUACCACAAGAUUACGUGUGAUGAAAAAUUGUCUAUUACCCAAAAGACGAUGUGCGAGGGAUCCAAGUAUGAAACUUUGGCUAGCAAAGAUACGCUUAUGAAGAUUAUUUGCAAUGGAUCUGAUUAUUUGACCUUUGCCAAGAAAAAGAAUCGCACUCAUUCUUUGCUAAUUAAUAAUAAUAAUUUAAAUAGUAAUAUUAAUGAAAAUGAUAAAGAGGCAUUUGGAAAUAAUUUUGAAAAUAUGACUGAAGAUAAAAAUGGUCUUGUAAUUGUCGGAGUAAUGACAGCCCAGAAAUAUUUAAAGACAAGAGCCAAGGCUGUUUGGGAGACUUGGGGCAGAGAAGUACCCGGGAAGAUCAUAUUCUUCUCCUCGGAAGAGUCGAAAGUCCCCGAUAAUUGCCCGGACUUGCCGUUGGUGGCACUCCCGAAGGUAGACGACAGCUACCCGCCUCAGAAGAAAUCUUUUUUGAUGCUUAAAUAUAUGUGGGAGAAUUACGGAAGCAAGUUUGAGUGGUUCAUCAGGGCAGAUGAUGACGUCUACAUAAGGACAGACAGACUGAAGAAAUUACUCAUGUCCGUGGACUCGGGCAAGCCGAUGUACAUUGGCCAGGCCGGGAGAGGAAAUUCGGAAGAAAUCGGACAGCUGGCGCUCAACUAUGACGAGAACUUCUGCAUGGGGGGUCCCGGGGUCAUUAUGUCUAAAGAGACGAUGAAGAAAAUUGUUCCUCAUGUUAAGGACUGUCUUGGGAAUCUUUAUACCACGCAUGAGGAUGUCGAGCUGGGACGCUGUAUGCAGUCGAUACUUUAUCACAAUAGUAGCGGAGAUCAAUCAUUCACUGGGAACCUAAAGAAACGUGAAGUACACCAAGCUAUUACGCUUCAUCCAAUCAAAAGUCCUCCGUACAUGUACCGGCUGCAUAAUUACAUGCGGGCUCUGAAAAUUCAAGACUUGCAGCACGAGAAGAUUAAAUUGCACCGUGAUAUUUAUUCUAUGGCUGAAUUGCUUAGAGAAAAUGUUAGAGAAUUUAUCAGAAAGCCGAUUGCGGAAAAUGUUGAAUUGUUUCCAAACUCGGAUAGAGAAAAUUAUUUUGGAGAUACGCUGAUGCUUGAGUACAGUUUAAGCGACUCGAAUCCGCGUCGGAGAAUCCACAGCGACGUAAAAGAGGGCUUGGAGGACAUAACGCGGGAAGUUAUGGCUUCAAUCAACUCAUGCUCACGACAGCGCGGUCGAGUAGUAGAAGAACGGUCCAUGUUAUACGGAUACAGACGUGUGGAUGCCUACGGGGCUGACACUAUUCUCGACCUUCUGCUGGUCUAUCGAAAGUAUCGAGGGCGAAAGGUUACACUUCCCGUUAGAAGACAUGUUUACGUUCACCAGCACUUUACCGGAAUCGAAGCGAGGGAAGUAAUCGAGGACCAAGAGGACGGAGAUCAGACCCGACACAGAAAUUUCCCUAAUUUCUACUCGACCUUUCUGUUCAAUUUCCCCCCGAGCAAGCCAGAGGAAGACCCGGUCGAAGACAAGACUGUUCACCUAGUGGUGCCUCUGUCCGGAAGAUUUAAAACCUUCAAGAGGUUCAUAAAAAAUUACGAGCAAGUUUGUUUGUCGACAAACGCCAAGACUGAACUAUUAAUUGUACUGUACCCGCACAAGCUCGAGGAUUCGGUCGACAAUAAGGAUAAUUUAUUUUCACGCGCUAAAGCGCUAGAUCUAGCGAUAAAACAUUUAAACAACAACGACUUGGUAUUUUUUAUCGACGUGGACAUCGCGUUUACUCACGAAGCGCUCCAACGGGUCAGAUUGAACACGGUUAUUAAUAAAAAAAUUUACUUCCCGAUUGUCUUCAGCCAGUACGACCCUAAUUACGUUUAUUAUUUUGAUAAAUCAAAUCGUGAGAAGAAAAAAAAUCAGUUUGGAGAUCUAGCCAAUUUGAGCGAACCCAUGGGAUACUGGAGGCUCUUUGGCUUCGGAAUAGUCUCUCUGUAUAAGAGGGACUAUCUGAAGAUCGGCGGGUUUAAUUUGUCGAUCGAGGGCUGGGGCAAAGAGGACGUUGAUUUUUAUGAAAAAUCUGUCAAGUCAUACAUUACUGUCUUUCGCGCUCCAGACGCUAAUUUAGUUCACGUGUACCACAAGGUUACGUGCGAUGAAAAAUUGUCUAGUACCCAAAAAACGAUGUGCAAGGGAUCUAGGUAUGAAACUUUGGCUAGCAAAGAUACGCUUAUGAAGAUUAUUUGCAAUGGGUCUGAUUAUUUGACCUUUGCAAAGAAAAGGAAUCGCAUUUGGAUUAAUUUUGAGAAGAUAUUUAUUGUUUAA